GUCGAUGACCCACAAAUCUCCAUCUAUCUGAUGAAUUUGUCAUUUCGAUCAGAUAUUGCUCAGUAGGGCAUCAAUGUUCGUUGAACUAGGUACUACGUUUGGCUCUGUCUUUUAUUGUUUGGUCCUUUCACAUGGUUUAAGAUGAUUAACAUAAUAAAACUAAUAGUAAUCUCGCUAAUUGCUGUAAAUUUGGCGUACGCUGACAACGACACCCUCUGCGAUGAACAACUACAAGCGGUGCUGUUCGGCGUGAGUGUGAACGAAAGCUGGGCUUUGCAAUUAUACGACGCAUGGGGCAAGUGGCCUUCUGGGCAGUUUUCCGGCAAUCAAUACGACCUCGGGAACUACGAUCAGUGUCGAAGGUAUUCUCAUCAGCAUGCAAACGUCGGAUUGAUUACAGGACGAUACUGUAUGGUAGUAGUUCCAGAAGAAGGUUCAGAACCUGAAAUGCGAAUCUUCAUUGAUGCAGGCGGGGUGACCGGAGUGGUAGUAGGUAUGUGUUUCCCGAGUUACUGCAACGAGCAAAGAUUGAAACAACCAGUGUCUAUUGUUCUGGAAACAAUCUAUCGUGUUAGUUCCAAUGGGCUGCAAAUUCAAUGUGAAACAGAACCUAAGGUAUCCAGUACGAUUCAAAUAUUGACGGUAUCAAUUUUCUCGGUAAUUCUGGCGUUCGUCGUUGCAAGCACUGUGUACGAAGUCCUCACCUUGAAAAAGCUUCACCGACCGAGUCCUGUUUUCAUCGCUUUCUCGGUAUAUUCAAACUGGUUGAAACUGAUGAAAACGACCACAGUUGCUGCACAGGCUACCGAGAAAUCGAACGUAAUCGAUUGUAUCCAUGGAAUGCGAGUAUUGGCCAUCGUGUGGAUCAUUUUUGGACACAGUUAUCUACUGCUGACAUCUUCUCCGUUAAUAAAUCCAAUAGCUACAUGGAUCGAAUCCUUUCACAGCACUCUCACCAUUGCCUGCCCUCUUUCCGUAGAUACUUUCUUUCUACUGAGCGGUCUGCUAACCUGUUGGAGCCUUAUGAAGGAACUUGACCGGAGUUGGUUCCUGAACGUUCCGUUGAUGUACCUGCAUCGAUAUCUACGACUCACUCCUGUAUUUGCAGCUCUGAUUCUGUUUACAGUUGGAAUCCUGCCCAACCUCAGUUCCGGUCCGCUAUGGAAUACUUCUUUGGGAUUAUCGGUUGAUCAGUGUAACCAGUACUGGUGGUCUGCCCUGCUGUACGUUCAAAACUACGUGAACCCUGACCAAAUAUGUCUGGGACACUCAUGGUACCUCUCCGUAGACAUGCAGCUGUUCCUACUGUCCCCAUUGUUGAUCUAUCCUUUGUGGAAGUUUGGAAAAAGGGUUCUUAUCCUAGUUGGAUUGUUGAUUGCAACAUCAAUGAUCUACAUCUUCGUGAUGUUCAUGGUUCACGACUUUCCUGGCAGUGUUCUGAUAACGGACAUUACUCGAGAUAAUCUCACAUAUCUACCCACGCAUACGCGAAUGGGUGCCUGGCUUAUUGGAGUGAUUACCGGAUACGUUCUUUAUCGGACGAAGAACUCCUUCGUCCGCUUGGACAAAUCUCAAGUGAUCCUCGGAUGGACUCUUUCCCUUGCGGCGCUAGUCGGCUGUAUUGUCGGCGCCCAUUACGUCAACCAACCGUUUCCCAACACCCAUGCCCAAAUCUUCGACGCCCUGUACGAGUCCCUGAAGCAUGUCGUCUGGGCUUUCGGUGUAGCGUGGAUUAUCUUCGCUUGCACCAACGGAUACGGUGGGCCGGUUAACAGUGUUCUCUCGCUAUCUAUAUGGCAACCGCUGGGAAGGUUGUCAUAUUGUUUGUACCUGCUGCAUCUGCCGAUGCAAACGGUGCUGACGGCUUCGACCAGGACCACUCGAUACUUCAGUGACCUUCGAGCCAUCCAUACGUUUUGGGGAGAUUUUUCGCUGACGCUGUUGGCAUCGGUUGGGUGGACGUUAUGCUUUGAAAUUCCGUUCGCGAAUCUGGACGUGUGGCUUUUAGGAAGAGCUAAGAAGUUAUCGUCGUGAUUGCAAACGUUUGUAUUAGGAUGAAGUGAAAUUACAAGGCUUCGCUGAUAAAGUAUUAUAUCUUAAAGAAACAUCCAGCAAAUUAAGGAUAAGUUUUGAAAUAAAUACAUUUGAUAUUAUCAGAUAUUCACAACAAAAAAUAUUAUUAGGUUUGAUCGAUGUUCAUUUAUUUACGAUAACAUUCCUUCCAUA